AUGUCGACGGACAACAUCAACGCCGUGCCUUUGGAGCAGGACCGCGCGUUCAAUCCGAUAUUCCUCGUCUACUUCCUGAUCUGUACCGCGCUGAGCAUAUUCUUCCUUCUCUACUUCAACCGAGUUUUCGCCUGGUUCGUGGGCCAUGGCAUCCGUACAUGGACCUGGCAUCGCUACCGCAUAUAUAUCGACUUUCAAGCUCUCCAAAUCUCCUUUCUCGGUGGCCGAAUAUUCUUCACGGGUUUGAGAUAUCAUGGUAUCAACGAGACCUUUCACAUACAAAAUGGCUACGUUACCUGGAACUACUGGCUCCGUCGUGUGCGUGAUAUCGAUAUUGGCAGUGCCGGCGCGAAGCCCACGAAGCCCGCCGAAAGCGUUAUUGAAAGGCGUCGAAACACGAACCUGCCAUGUAGAAUCAAUGUCUCCCUGAAUGGCUUGGAAUGGUUCGUCUACAACCGAAGUCCUGUCUACGAUGGGGUUCUCCGGAACCUGGCCCAGGACAACCCGAUUAUUCAAGCAGCGGUCCAAAGCUCGAUGGGGGAGAAAUCCUCGGGAAUUGAUACAGAGGGUGUGGAGAGCGUCUCCCUACGGCAUGAUGGCAGGCCAGUUGGCCCUCCUCGUACACAGGACUUUAAAGAGCGAGGUGGUUCGUCCAGCGAUAGCGUUACUUCCGAGGAUGCAAGCCUGCCGUUUUUACUCAAUUUCUUCCCAAUCCAUGUCGAAUGCCGAACCGCCGCCCUCGUCAUGGGGAACGAGAACACCAAAGCCGUCCUGGUUGUUAAGACAGAGGAAGUGUCUGGCGAGGUCGAUGCCUCAGAGACUGGCUCGCAAGAUCCUUACCGGCAACUCUUCAAGUUCGAUUUCCGUCACCCCGUAGUCAAGAUGAGGCCCAACGAGGACUACAAAGAGGACCAGGAAUCCCGAGCCGCGAAAUCGAAGGGCCCAGGACGAGAAGCCCCACCAGUGAAGAAGAGGGACUUUUCCUAA